UUCUCGAUUUAUCUACGAAAAAAGAUGACAUUCGAAGAACUUCUAGAAGACGCAGGAGGAUUCGGUUUAUACCAAAAACUUUUAGCCUUUGUGUUCCUUCUCGGUGCCAUGAGCACCGCUGGUCUUAAUUAUUGGACACAGAUCUUCAUCUUGUUGGAACCAGAACACAACUGUUCGCUUCCAGAUGCCAACAAUUCUUUGGAUGUGAUUAACAGAGAUUCCUGCCAUCUUUAUAUCCGACCAAACGACACAAACUUGAACGAAACGGUAAAAGUUCGAUGUAAUUCUGGUUGGGAUUACGAUUACAACGAACUCUUUCCUACAAUGACUAGCGAGCAAAAUUGGGUGUGUGAAGAGAAUUGGCGAGUGUAUUUAACUCAUAUGGCUUUCUGGAUCGGUUCCGUUGUGGGAUUUUUUAUAUCCGGGAUUAUAUCCGAUAGGUUUGGAAGAAGAAGAACAAUUAUCAUUUUAGAAUUAGUUUCCAUCGUUUCUAAUGUGUUAUCUAUAUUUAUGACUAAUCACUUGACAUUUUCUGCCGCUCGUUUCUUGACUGGGUUGACUGUAUUGACAUCAUCUACGUUGGCGUUUCUCUUGACCAUCGAAUACACUGGUGUAUCUCAGAGAACAAUGAUAGGGAUGUUACAAGGAGUCGGAUGGACGAUAACAGCUGCUGUAUCACCUUGGAUAUUGUACUACGUCAGAAACUGGAGAAAAAUGCUAUUCAUCUGCUCGGUUCCUAAUGUAUUAAUGAUAUUUAUGCUUUGGUGGGUUCCCGAAUCGGCUAGUUGGCUGUUAACUAGAGGGAAGAAGGAUGAGGCUAUUAAAAUAUUAAAUCGAAUUUCUGCCGUUAAUAAGAGGAAACUGGAUAAAGAUCAUUUUAAACGGAUUCUGAGCAGGAAGAAUUCCCAUGAAAAAAAAGAAGAGGAGGAUUCUAAAGAAAUUUUUUCGUUAAUAAUAAAAGUGAUACGUACUAAAUAUUUAAGGAAGAACCUCUUUCUUCUGCUAAUAUUGUGGUUUUUUGUAUCUCUUUGCUACAACGGAAACACUUUAGAAACCAUCAAUUUGCAUUUCAACGUAUAUUUAGCCUUUUCUAUAGGAGCUAUAGUAGAACUAGCUGCUAACGUGUUCUUCUUUGUUACGGCCGAAAAAUUUGGUCGAAGAUGGGCCAACUUUAUCAGUAACAUCGUAGGAACCGUUGCUGCGAUUUCCACGUUGGCAUUGCCUAAAGAGCAAGGUUUGUUAGAAUUCAUAUGUGUAAUGGUGUUAAGAUUUGCUUACGCUUGGUCUUACGAUGUUACACUUCAGUACGGUACCGAACUAUUGCCAACAGCUAUAAGAGGAAGAGGUGUAGCAGUUCAGUUAAUGAUCGGCGAUAUCGGAAACUGCAUCUCGCCUUGCAUCGUCUAUUUGAACUACUUCAAUGCUCAUUAUCCUCUACUAGUUUUUGGUACACUCUCCAUCGGUUCGGCAAUUAUAGCGUUGGUUCUACCAGAAACUGCCGAUCAACCCCUUCCACAAACCAUAGAAGAUGGUAGCAAAUUUGGUAUUGGGCAACCAUUUUUCCUCUGCCCAUUUCUGGAAAAGAGAAAAAAGAAAAAAAUGGAAUCUUUAGAAUGGAGGGAAAUGAAAACAAAGACAAUUUCAACAACAGAACGAUCUCUUCACAUGUAAAAAUCCUAUUUUUAUUUAUGUCCUUCUGCUUUAAUCAUCAAAUAAAUAUUGAUACGUUACAGUAAUUACUACAGAUAUAUACGGGUUUAAUUUCAUUAAGUGAUUAUCGGUAUUGAAG